CACGUGGUUACUGUCAUCUUAUAGAGUGCCACAUACUAUCUUUAAAUUUCUAUCCAACACAAUGGCUAAUCAGAGCAAAAGCAUUUGGUUACUGUCCUCUGCUGGCCAUAAACUGCAGUGCCAAGUAAGCACGGAUCAACCCUUGGCUGUAUUUCUCAAGAAUAAAUUCGCCCAGGCAAUCGGAAAGUGCCCUGAAUCCUUUAUUCUGAUUUUCGACGGGGAGGAACUCCAGGAGCAGGACACCUUUGACUCCUUGGCCAUGGAGGAUGACGAUAUCAUAGACGUUUUAGAAGGCAAUUAGUGCAGGGGAGACCAUGAGACCAUGACGAUCAAAGUCAUUGCCCAGCAGAGUCACUGAACUUGUCAUGCACUUGUCAAUAAAGCUAAUAAAAACAAA